AUGAGUUUAUCAAAGCUCCAUGAAGACGGUGCCUCUAACCAUACAUUCGGCAGAGCAGGGAUAAUCUUGGAAAGCCCAACUGGGGUCGUUUACGAACAGUCAAUCAAGUUCAAGUUCCCAGUGUCAAACAAUCAAGCGGAGUACGAGACCCUUCUGGGCAGAUUAGUCUUGGCCAAAGAAGUCGAAGCCACAAGAAUUGAAGUGUGUAGCGACUCGCAGGUCGUUACUUCUCAGAUCAAGGGGACCUACCAAACCAGGGACUCCUUGUUACAGAAAUGUCUGGAGAAGGUCAAAAGGAUAAGCGAACAAUUCGAGGAGGUCACAGUCCAACACGUUCCAAGAGAAAGGAACGCUCGAGCAGACCUCCUGUCUAAGCUAGCGAGCACCAAACCUGGGACGGGCAACCGGUCUCUCAUUCAAGGGCUAAUAAAAGAGCCAGCGGUCACCCUCCACAUAACAAAGGAAGAUCCCUCCUGGAUGAACCCGAUUACCGACUUCCUGAGAAUCGGCAAGCUCCCUGGCGAUGAGAAGGUGGCCAAAGCGUUAAGGAGGGAAGUGGCCAGAUAUGCGAUCAUACAAGGUCAAUUAUUCAAGAAGGGACUCAGCCAACCCUUGCUGAAAUGCUUGCAUCCAAGCCAAACAGGUUAUGUGCUCAGAGAGGUCCAUGAAGGAUUCUGUGAUCACCACAUUGGGGGCAAAGCUCUAGCGAGGAAUCUUAUCAGAGAUAGUUAUUACUGGCCAUCGAUGAUGAAGGACUCUAAAGAGUUCGUGAAGAAGUACGUCAAAUGCCAGGAGAACGCAAAUUUUCACAAAGCGCCGACAACCGAGCUAAGUUUGUUGAUUUCUUCCCGACCUUUCUCGCACUGGGGAGUCGACCUCCUGGGUCCCUUCCCGGUAGGCCCAGGGCAAGUCAAGUACCUUAUAGUCGCUAUUGACUAUUAUACCAAGUGGAUAGAGGCCGAACUGCUGGCCAGCAUAUCCUCGUCCAAUUUCCAAAAGUUCAUGUGGAGACAGAUAGUAACUCGAUUCGGCAUCCCUGAGGUCGUAAUCUCUGAUAACGGGACGCAGUUCACUGAUAAGAAGUUCGGAGAGUUCCUCGCCGGCCUGGGCAUAAAGCAAAAGUUCUCAUCUGUGGAACAGCCCCAGACGAAUGGCCAAGUUGAGGCUGCCAAUAAGGUCAUCUUGCUAGGUCUCAAGAAACGGCUAGAUCAGAAAAGGGGGCAUGGGCGAACGAGCUCGCUUCAAUCCUAUGGUCCUAUCGCACAACCCAGCAAUCGUCCACCGAGGAGACCCCUUUUUGACUAA